AAAAAGCGAGGGCGGCCAAAAAUCCUAGAGCCGGCCCAGCUGGGGAUGGCUCUCUCUGAAGUCGCCGGGAAGAUGGCUUCAUGCACAACUUCUGAACUGCUAUCAAUGCGCCGUGCUUCAACACCUCAACUAGCAUUUGCUGGGAGGGCAGGGGAACGAGCUGCUCCCCUUUAGCGUCAGUCAAAGCCUGCUGCUUUGCUGGCUCUCAAAGGAGGGGUGUGCAAAAUAUGUGUGCGCAGGCAACCUGCUUUCCAGCUGCUCUAUUUUUCCCAUUCACCCUCCCUUACCAGCUGUAAGGAUGGGCCUAAAUAGAUCAGUCCUCUGCCCUAAAGCCAGUAGCAUCCGGUUUGCUGUCACUUCUUGCUGGGUGGUGGGGGUGGCACAUAGGGGGAAAGGCUGCCCACAGAGCUCUGAAUCCUUCCGAGUUGAAUACAAAGAAAAUGAUCUGAUGCUGCUUAAGAUUUCCAGCUGUGUCGUUCAAAAUAGGUGACUAAUGUUUGCCUCUGAACUCUGGCUGGAAUCUGGAUCCUCUGGUUCACGUUUUUAUUGUGCGGGCUGGAAACUUUCAGACUUAUCUGCAACGGCCUUUGAUCACAAGGAAGUACCUGCUUGAGGCUGUUUUUAGACAAGUGAGAGGCAAUAAAGAUACAGCAUUUCCUGAGUGGCACAAUGAUGACCCCAUUCCCCUGUGUUUUGUGCCCCUCAGGGGAAUGGGGAGUUGUACUGCCAUGCAUGUGGCUAAUGCAAAGGUUUUGCUAGUAAUGAGUCUUAAAUACCUCGGGUGUGGGGUUUUAGGAACAGCUCCUGACCUUGUGUGAUCCUAGACAACAAGUCACUUCUUCUCUACACCCUUCUGAUUCCCCUCUUACCUUUCCUCUGUCAGGUUUUGUCUAUUUAGGCAGGGCGCUCUUCAGGGCAGGGCUUGUCUCUUCCUAUAUUUAUGUACAGUGCUAGUCAAGGGGGCUCCAAUCUCAGAUGGGGCCUCUAGUUGCUACAUCAUACAAAUGAUGAUGAUGAUAACACCAGGGAGAGGAAGUCACCUGUAGGUCUGAAAUUCCUGUAGUGCAGAGUAAAUGACACUGAGAGUUGGAGCCCCACCCCUCCAGGACAGAAAGUCAGAACCCCACUUCCUCCAAUCUGCUAAUCAGCAGAGCUAAGCCAGCAUGGAGGAGCUUUUUGGCCAAGAGCAAAGCAGAUUAACUUCACCCCUGAAGUAAAGGCGGCAACAGGGAAGGAACUGUAACUGAGUCAUAGUUUGGUGGUUGGUCUGCUCCUGGGAUGGCAUAGUUUACUCAGGGCAAAUUGUAAGGGUAACCUCUGGCUACGACACCCAUUUAUUCACUUAUUUAACAGCUUGCUUCUGGUUUCACCUUCCUUUUUCAGUACUCUUUCAGUAAGCCUGCUCAAACAGAGGUAAACAAGGUUUAAUUCUUCUCCGUCAAUCUCCAUGCACUUGUCUAGGCUAAGAAACAAAGCCAGCUUGGACAAAACACGGCCCUUUCUGACUGGUGUGGAAAAUGACUGUCCCACUGUUGUAGAUGAAGCCGAACAAGUUCAACACCUGCCAUAAGCCAGCCUGGCCAAUCGCUAAUUCUAGCAGGGGUUGGCUGCAUCGGUUGGGCCUCACUCGUGUUGCACCACUGAUGGCUUGCUACUCAGAGCAGAAGCAGAGGAGUGAAUGAAUUGGGGCAUGAGCACAGGGAGGCCACACUUUGUAUCCAGCAGCCAUGCUCCGCCAAGGACUGCGGCUCUAUGGGAAGUGGUGCCGUUUUUCUCGCCCCAUUACUCAGCUGCUUACCUUAACUGUGGUGACGUUUGGCGUGUUGGCUCCCUUGAUUUGCCACCGGCUCCUCCACUCCUAUUUUUACUUACGCCACUGGCAUCUGAACCCCAUGAGCCAGGAGUUCCUGGAGCAGAACCAGGAGGAUGGCCAGGCCGCCCUCCGUUACUUCGAGGACCUGCGGACUCCUAACUCCUCGGAGAUCUCAGGCGACAAGGCCCUCAGACCGUGGCUGCUCAUCACUAUCAUCACCGUGCAGAGGCGGAACGAGUUCCACUACGUCCUGCAGGUGGCUUCCCGCUUCCACCGCCUCCUCCAGCAGUGUGGCCCUCACUGCCGGAGCCACCAGAUCUUUCUCUGUAACGUGGAGCAGGAGCCAGGCAGCCACCAGGAUGCCAGGCUGUUGGGUACCUUCUUUGCAAUGGUCAGCCGUUACAAAAACUGGGAGGACCCCAAUGCCUCAGUGAACCAGUUUGAGAAGGAGAAGCGGGACUAUGCCUUCUGCCUGGAGCAGUCGCUGUUGGCCUACAGUCCAGAGUACGUCCUUCUGGUGGAAGACGAUGCUGUUCCCGAAGAGGAGAUAUUCCCUGUCCUUCAGCACCUGCUGUUGGCACGGCUCUCAAAGCCACACCUCAAAGAUGCCCUCUACCUGAAGCUGUACCAUCCCGAGCGGCUUCAGCGCUAUAUCAACCCGGAGCCCAUGAGGAUCCUGGAGUGGCUCGGCCUGGGCAUGUUUCUGGGCCCUCUGCUGAGCUCUGUGUACUCCUGGGUGUCUGGCCGCCCAAGCCUUACCUGGCCCAUUGUCCUGUUUUUUGCCUUGUACAGCAUGGCACUCGCAGAGCUGGUGGGGCGCCACUACCUGCUGGAGCUGCGCCGGCUGGCUCCAGCACUCUACAACGUGGUGCCAGCCACUGAGUGCUGCACGCCUGCCAUGCUGUUCUCCGCCCCUUCCGCCCGCCGUGUCUUGGGUUACCUUCAGGAGCUGCACUGCCGUCGGGGCUUUGCCAAGGACAUUGCACUCUACUCGCUGUUGCGCACCAAGGGUGAGAAGGCCUACGUGGUGGAGCCCAAUCUCAUCAUGCACGUGGGGAUGUUUUCCAGCCUCAGGCCAAAUGACAGCCCUAAACUACUGUGACCCACCGAGAAAUGCCCUUAUGGAAAGGCUGGGAGGAGCCAAGGGAGCCUUGUCUGUGGACAGACAUAGCAGGUGUGACUUCAGAUAGCAUGCCAGUUGCAACUGUACUCAGAACUACUGGCGCCACCUAGUGGAGGGAAAGGAACUUAAAAAAAAAAAGUUUACUUAAACCUGUAGAUCCAUUAUUUAUUUUAUAAUGAAGUGAAAAGAGGGUGGAGGUUUUCAGGGAAGGGGAGAGUUUGCUACUAUCCUUAGUAAUUUUUGCGGGGGAGACCCCCCAAUACGCACGCGCGCGCGCACACACACACACACACACACACUGGCCAUUUGCACAUAAAUGUGCCUCCUACAGCAGUGUCCAAGAAACCAGUCUCUGGUAUCACAGACCCAAGACAGUUUGGCUGUAUCAGCUGUUGUUUGAGAUCUCCUUUGUCUUUUUAGCUGCCCCAUCCAACCCCCCCACCACACACACACACACACACUCGUCCUUCCUCACCUACAAUGGCCUUGUCUCAAUUCCUUCCACACUAGUCAACGCCACUCCUGUGGUCACAUAUAUCCCAGUCUCAAGGCACUGGAAAUGCUAGCCAGGGUAAGUGCAUCAGGCUCAAGCUGACCUAGGAGGAAGUAUGGAGCUGGAGAAUAGCCCCAGUUUCCCCCAACCUUCUCCACGUCUUACCCCAACAAUCUGUUCAUCUCCUCAAAUAAAAACAUGAAGAGACCUUUACAAGAGGCAUGAUGCAUAUAAUGAGCCCCUUACCCCAGAUUCUGCACAUGGUUCUGGGAACAUGUUUCAUGCUGCUUCAGCUCCUCCGGGUCUUCUCCUUUGUGGAUAACACACCUCUUCCCCCAUAGCUCUCCUUUCACCUUGGAGCAGAGGAGCAUUGCCAGCAGAUUGAGGGAAGUGAUUAUUCCCCUCUAUUCGGCACUGGUGAGGCCACAUCUGGAGUAUUACGUCCAGUUUUGGGGCCCCCACUACAGAAAGGAUGUGGACAAAUUGGAGAGAGUCCAGCGGAGGGCAACGAAAAUGAUCAGGGGGCUGGGGCACAUGACUUACAAGGAGAGGCUGAGGGAACUGGGCUUGUUUAGUCUGCAGAAGAGAAGAGUGAGGAGGCAUUUGAUAGCAGCCUUCAACUACCGGAAGGGGAGUUCCAAAGAGGAUGGAGCUCGGCUGUUCUCAGUGCUGGCAGAUGACAGAACAAGGAGCAAUGGUCUCAAGUUUCAGUGGGGGAGGUCUAGUUUGGAUAUUAGGAAAAACUAUGUCACUAGGAGGGUGGUGAAGCACUGGAAUGGGUUGCCUAGGGAGGUGGUGGAAUCUCCAUCCUUAGAGGUUUUUAAGGCCUGGCUUGACAAAGCCCUUGCUGGGAUGAUUUAGUUGGCGUUGGCCCUGCUUUGAGCAGGGGGUUGACUAAAUGACCUCCUGAGGUCUCUUCUAACCCUAAUCUUCUGUGAGUCUAUGAUCUGAAACACAAAGUCCAUGUUCUUCCCCUUUGCUUCAGCUUCCCCAAACAACCUCCAGCUCGCUGUAUGUGGCUUGGAUUCGCUGACCCACGCACGUACUCACACACACCCGCACAGCCUCACAUCAGAACAACCUUUGAGAUUGCACAUACAGCUACCUCUCAUAGGUGAGGAAGAGCACAUUCCCCAUUUAGGCCCUGAUCCUGUAUCACCAGGAGCUCACUCAUUAACUUUAUUGAGUGCAAGCCCUUUAAACUGGCCCUAGAUGUGUUGCCACCUAUCCUGAUUGUCCAUGGAUUCUACCUGCAACAUCGAGAAGCUCCAGUUUGCCUUGGGCAGCCCAAUGGAUGAUCCAGGAUGAUCAUGCUUUGACAUCAUGUUAUUCACAGGAAAGGCAAAGGAACAAUUGCAGCAGCAUGGUGUGUCAGUGCACUUAUCUUGCCUCAACUUGCAGUUAGAUAUAGAUGACAGCUGCAGAAGUCACAGUUCACUGCUCCUACCAUAAAUAGCUGGGCACGGUCAGAUGAGCAAGCUUCAGUAAUGUGUCCUAUUGAAGGGGCCACUCCUAAAUAGACACGUUAAAUAACUAAUCUUCUGGUCCAACUGGUGGGGAGUUUGGAUGGUUUCCAAGAGUUGGCUGUUAUCUAGCAGAACUACUCUGUGUGCAUUGAAAACCAAAACCACAUGAGAAAUAAGAUCCUGGGGAUUUGUUACAAAUUCAAAAGUGCCUUUGAAAGGGUUUGUACCCCAUGGUCCUGAUCUACAGCCCAUUGCAGUCAAUGAGUCUUUUUAUUGACUUUAGGGUGCUUUGGACCAGGCACUAUAUGAGGAGACCUACUCCCAUUUUUGAGACGCGCUGAGGUGAAACUGUGUGCAAAUCGCAAAUUUUCCUGGCUUCAGAAUGAAGCGAGUGAAACAGUUUGGGGGCAGAAAGAGUUCCACUUGCAGUUUUCUUUCUUUCAUUUGUCAGAGCCUGGAACUCAUGGUAAAACUAGGAUUAGUAAGGGCAGAUGCGUGUCUGUGUGUGAACCCAUGUGGACCAAAACCAAAGAGAAUAUUUGCACAAGCCCCGGAAGAAGUAAGUUUCACACAGUUCAUUUUCAGGCCGUGAGGGGCAACUGAUCUGUAAAGUGCUCAGCACACAGGAGAGAAGCAGUCAGGCACAGGGUGUCACUAGAGCACAGAACAAUGCCUGCUCAAGCUAUUGAACAUCAUCUCUUGCUAGAUCAGCUGGGAUUCUUUCAGAGGAUCACUGUGGUUUCACAAGGGCAUGGACUCUAAGAGCUGACAAAACACUACAUUUUAUUUUCACCUGAUGAAAAUUCCAAAGGUUCCACACAGCAGUCACCAGCAUCCCUCAGGACAGAUGCUGAAACCUGUUCCCAGACUGAGUGCAGCUGGUAUGGCUUCCCCGUGUCUCCCUCGCAGAGAGCCACACACAAAUACCUUCUCGGUAGUGUUGUUCUUUGUCAGGUUGUAGAAUUUGGGGGUCAUUGUGAAUUUAUUCCACUAAGUGCCUGGGCACAUAGAGGGAAAGGUGACUAUCUAUUUAUGCUGCCUCGACUGUUGAAUGUUUCAGAUGUGGGGUAUGUUUUUUUUUCUUCUUUGUUUUUUAAUCUUUGUACUGUAUAGAUCCAGAACAACACCCCACAGCAAAGGGUUACAAAUUGUUUGGCUUAAAAAAGAGAGAGAGAAAGAACCAAGUGAUAAUGCUCAGUUAAUAAAUGCUCUGGUGUGGGAAAUGA